CAGCACUUUGGUAAUGGUUAACCAGAUAAUUCAUUAAGGGGUGGGAAUAGAAAACAGUCAGAAGUUAUUCUUACUUCUUCUCUGCGCUCUGCCCGCCUUCCAUGAGUUUGAAUUCAUUCAUAGUGGGACUAAGAAUGGAGGAGACGUUGCAGCAGGAGAAACAAGAGACAGAAGGUGGAAUCCGCCGCCGAUUGCGGGACAGGGAUCUGCUCAGAAAGAGGAAGGCCGAGGCUGAAGAGAAGGAGACUAACCAGUGGGUUAUCGGAGAGGAGAGGCAGAGGAAAAGAUCGCGGGCUGAUGAGAAGAGCGGCACAAAAAGGAGAGGGAGGCCCAGGAAGAGUGAGCCCACGCUGGAGAUACCUGUCAGUCAGGACGAGGCAGCAUCUGCUCUGGAGGCUCCUGCAGUAAAGGCGGUAGUGCCUGUAUCUGUGGGGGUUGUCUCAGAGCAAACACCAGGCUCUCUGACCCUCACUGCAGGCGGGGACAAACCAGAGUCACAACUAGAGUCUGUCCCUGCCGCCCCUGCCUCCACCCAAGUCCUGGAGCCUGUCCUGACCUCUCUCUAUGCUCCUCUUCUGACUUCUCCAGCGCCAGUUAACCAGAGUCCAGCCCUUCUUUCUCUCUCAGUUCCUGCCCCUUUGGUCCUUCUGCAAGCUUCAGAUGCUGUUCCAGUCCCAGCUCUGUCCCAAGUCCCAGUUCCAGCUCCCCCCCUGGUAGAGACCCUCUGCACAGAGGCACGAGACAGAGGCGCCUUUGGCCAGGUCCUGAUUGAAGACUUGGGCCCAGAUGAGGAGGAAGACCUCUCCCUAUUGCAAGACAAAACAGCUGAUGAAGAUUUGACUGAGCCACCGUCGAUCAACAUACCUGAACAAGACAAAAUGUUCUCCAUUCCAACGUUGUCCUCUCAACCUCCACCAGAAUAUCGCCCAGGAAAUUAUUCUAAUUUGUAAAAAGAUGCUUUUGUCUGAGUUCAGGACAAACAAAACCAGAUUCCUUCCCUCCUUGUCAGAGUGCACCUGAGUAUUGUUUUGGUUGGUGUGCAGCCUGUUGGUUGAAGAGAUCAAAGAUGCUGAGCAUAUGCAUUGCUUAUUUGAAAAAAAGAAUGUAUGAAUUUAAAUCAAACCUGUAUCCAUUAUUUAUUCUUGGUUUGUGCUUUGCAUUAAGUCAACAGCAAAAAUAACCUGCUUUUAUUUUAAAAGUAACACUGCUUACAUAAUCUUAAUGUUGUCAGUUUUAUCUGUAAAUAAGACAAAUAUCUAUCAAUUGUAGAUUGAAUUUUCACUCUUCUGUGAUGUGCCACUUUCGUUUUGCAAAUAUUAAAUCUUGUGAACGUGUUUUUCGCAUUUAGGCAUUUUCAUCAGUGUUGCAUCUGCCUGUUGUACUGUUAGAAUGUAAGUGCAUAUUCUAUGUACUUGAGUGAAAGAUGUAUGUUCAGUAUUGGCGUAAAGUUAAAAUACCACUAUGUAAAAAUUACAAAUUAAACGACUAUAUAUAAAUAAAAUGAUGACAUUUUAUUAAAAUAAAAGUAUUACUAGUAUUAUUAUUGCUGGUAUUAUCAGUAACUGCACAUGAUAUUACUCAUCUGUCUUUAUUUUUGAUGAUUUAGCACAUGAGCAAUAUUUUAAUGUAAAGAUGGGUUCUUUUAACCUGUCUAUCUACAACAAUGCAUUAAUGUCCGAGCAGAUUAAACUACUCAAGAACAAUAUAGUAAAUAAAUAUAUCACAUCCCCCAGUGACUGUUGCUGCAAAUGUUUAUUCUGUAUUUAUAAAUAAAGUUUUCUUUAAAAAAAGCUGAA